GUUUUUGUUUUCUGUUUUCUGACUGCAGAAAGAGGAAAAAAAAAAAAGAAGUCCUGCUGUAACCUUAGCUAACGCUGAUCGCAUGUUUGAUCGAAACCUGUAGGGCAACCGAACCGACCUCACAUGGACCCAAACCGGAUCAUCCAGGCUCUGAAGGGGACCAUCGACCCCAAUCUGAGGAUAGCGGCGGAGAAUGAGCUCAAUCAGUCCUACAAGAUCAUCAACUUUGCUCCCACCCUGCUUCAGAUCAUUGUGUCGGAGCAGGUGGAGUUUCCUGUCCGCCAAGCAGCCGCCAUCUACCUGAAGAACAUGGUGAGUCAGUACUGGCAGGACAGGGAGCCGUCUGCGGGGGAGGUGGUUUUCCCCUUCAACAUUCACGAAAAUGACCGGCAGCAGAUCCGUGACCACAUCGUGGAGGGCAUCAUCCGUUGUCCAGAGUCCAUACGCGCCCAGCUGACCAUGUGCCUGAGAGCCAUCAUCAAGCACGACUUCCCAGGCCGCUGGACCGCCAUCGUGGACAAGAUCAGCAUGUACCUGCAGUCUCAGAACAGCGGCAGCUGGUACGGCAGCCUGCUGUCUCUCUACCAGCUCGUCAAAACAUACGAAUACAGGAAGGCGGAUGAGAGGGAGCCGCUGCUGGCGGCCAUGCAGAUCUUCCUCCCCAGGAUCCAGCAGCUCAUCAGCCAGCUGCUGGGCGAUGCCACCAUCUUCUCUGUCCUCAUCCAGAAGCAGGUCCUGAAGAUCUUCCACGCUCUCGUCCAGUACUCGCUGCCCCUGCGGCUGAUCAACAACGAGGCGAUGACGCAGUGGAUGGAAAUCCUGCGAGCCAUCAUGGACCGAGACGUUCCACAUGAGACUUUGGAGGUCGAUGAGGACGACCGGCCGGAGCUGGCGUGGUGGAAGUGUAAGAAGUGGGCGCUGCGCAUCAUCACCAGACUGUUUGAGAGGUACGGAAGCCCGGGAAAUGUGACCAAGGAGUACCAGGAGUUUGCAGACUUUUUCCUGAAGACGUAUGCAGUGGGCAUACAACAGGUCCUGCUGAAAGUGGUCGACCAGCACCGGCGGGGUCAGUAUGUCACUCCUCGGGUUUUGCAACAGUGCCUCAACUACCUCAACCAGAGCCUUUUACACUCACUGACCUGGAAACAGAUGAAGCCACAUAUGCAGACUAUAUGCCAAGAGGUCAUCUUCCCUCUGAUGUGCUACAGAGACGAAGAUGAGAGGCUGUGGCAGGAAGACCCGUAUGAGUAUAUCCGGAUGAAGUUUAACCUCUACGAUGACCAUUCCCUGCCUGCAGCCGCCGCACAGAGCCUCCUCUGUAAAGCUGCCUGCAAGAGGAAAGAGGUUCUCCCUCAGAUGAUGGAGUUCUGCCACAAGAGCCUGGUAGACCCCUCUGCUGACCCCUGCAGUAAGGACGGGGCACUGCACUGUAUCGGCGCGCUUGCUGAGCUCCUACUGAAGAAGAGGAUAUACAGGGAGCAGAUGGAGCUGAUGCUGCAAAACUACGUUUUCCCACUGCUCAACUCUCCAAUGGGUUACCUCCGAGCCAGGUCAUGCUGGGUGCUGCACUGCUUCAGCCCUCUGCGCUUCCACGACGAGCUGGUGCUUCGCAACGCUGUGGAGCUGGUCAGGCAGGACCUGAUAGACGACAAAGAGAUGCCCGUCAAGGUGGAGGCGGCCAUUGCUUUGCAGGCGCUUGUCAGCAACCAGGAGCAAGCCAAGCUGUACAUCCGGCCGUACAUUCGCCAGGUGAUGCAGGAGCUGCUGCACGUGGUCAGAGAGACGGAGAAUGACGACCUGACCAACGUCAUUCAGAAGAUGAUUUGCGAAUACAAUCAGGAGAUGGCCGCCAUAGCCGUGGACAUGACACAGAACCUGGCGGAGAUCUUCACCAGGGUCCUGCAGAGUGAAGAGUAUGAGGAGAACGAGGACAAGACUGUCAUGGCUCUGGGCAUCCUCAGCACGAUAGACACCAUCCUUACCGUCAUGGAGGACCACAAAGAGAUCACUCAGCAGCUGGAGGGGAUCUGUUUGCAGGUGAUCGGCCUGGUGCUGCAGAAGCCCAUCAUAGGUAUGGCAGAGUUCUACGAGGAGAUCCUGUCUUUGGCCUUCGGCCUCACCUGUCAGACCAUCUCUCCCCAGAUGUGGCAGCUCCUCGGGGUCCUGUAUGAGGUCUUCCAGCACGACUGCUUCGACUACUUCACAGACAUGAUGCCUCUUCUGCACAACUAUGUCACCGUGGACACAGACAUGCUUCUGUCCAACCCGAAGCACUUGGAGGUCAUCUACAGCAUGUGCAAAAAGGUGCUGACUGUAGAUGCCGGGGAUGACGCGGAGUGCCACGCUGCCAAACUCCUGGAGGUGAUCAUCCUGCAGUGCAGAGGCAGAGGCAUCGAGCAGUGCAUCCCCCUGUUCGUGGAGGCGGUGCUGGAGCGCUUGAUGCGGGGGGUGAAGUCCAGCGAGCUGAGGACCAUGUGUCUGCAGGUGGUCAUCGCCGCGCUCUACUACAACCCCGCCCUGCUCAUUCAGACGCUGGACAACAUGCAUUUCGCGCACAGCCCACAGCCCAUCACAGCCCACUUCAUCAACCAGUGGAUAAACGACACCGAGUUCUUCCUGGGGCUCCACGACCGUAAAAUGUGCAUCAUCGGCCUGAGCGUUCUGAUGGAGCUCCCCAGCCGACCGGCAGCGCUGGAAAGAGUGGCCGCUCAGAUCAUCCCGUCCGUCCUGCUCCUCUUCCUGGGCCUCAAACACCUGUACGCGUCCCGUCUCGUCAACAAGCCGGACCUGCUGGCGCGGGCAGGGGUUCAGGACGAAGACCAAAACGAAGAGAUCCCCAGCGAUGAAGACGACGUGAGCGAGAGCCAAAACGCCACGCAUCAGCAGUCCAGCCUGACGGCGGGCCAGGGAGGCGACGACGACGACGACGAGGAUGACGACGACUAUUGGGACGAAGAUGCCUUUGAGGGAACGCCCCUCGAGGAGUACAGCACGCCUCUGGACUACGACAACGGAGAGGACGAAUAUCAGUUCUUCACCUCCACCCUGCUGAGGAUUCAGAACAGCAAUACUGCCUGGUACCAGUGUUUGACUGCUCCACUCAGUGACGACCAGAAAAAACAACUCCAGGACAUCUACAGCAUCUCACAGCAGAGGAGGAGCACCGGUGCCAAGGGCCACUGAGCACAGGAGACUGACGUCCUGCUGUAUCAAAGGGCCGGGUCCGAAAACGAGGGGCCGACCUGACCCGAUCUUCGGUUUGCGUUCAGUCCGCUGUCUGAGACCAGAUCGGACGGUAUCAGGCGAGAGGGAUUCCACCAGACCCCAGCUGGGAUCAGGCUGGACUUGGACCGAGUUUGGACCUGACGCGCUGCUGUAAUCGUUCUCAUACCACAGGAUUCGCUGCUCUAACUGUAUAUGUGCGUGAGGACACCCAUAAAUCUAAAUGUCGUGA